AUGAUAGAGAACGAAGCCCUGAAUCGAGAAUCCCUAAAAACUAUUGCAAUUACUGUAGUUACAAGAAAGAAAAAGGCCAUGACUAUAAGAACUACCCUUAUAACUCUAAUUGAAAUAAAAGAAGAAUGUACUGAAAUUAAAUUAUUAAAAGAACAACAAGCUAGAAAGUGUAAGUGUGACCAAAUCGAAGUUUAA